AUGAUGAAGGUUCAAAUUCAAUCCCUUGGUGUUCUAAUGGUUGUUUUGUUGGCAUCUACAGCAACAGGGAAUAUAAUUUUGCCAAGCGUUUUCUUACCUAUCAAAGACGUGAACAACCCAAAAUUGGCAUAUUUAGGAAAUUUCGCCGUUACGGAGCAUGACAAGCAAACUGGUAAGCAGUUGAAGUUCGAGAAAAUCCUCAAAGCUGAAUAUUAUUUUCCAGAUAACGUCCACCAAUUCUACCUCAUAUUUUCUGCCACCAACGCUUCCACAAUUUCAAAUAAAUAUGAUGCCCUUGUAAUUGAGAAUGAAUCAAAUCACUCCAGGAAGCUUGGUGCCUUUGAACCUUAUCUUCAUUAA